AUGCCAGACGAAGACGACCUGUUAGUUGUCGCCCUUAGUGGCGACCUCAUUCUCGAUGUAUCGCAAGAAGAGGGCAGUCAGCAGUACUCGUACAGAGUAGACUCUAAGACGCUGCAACAGAACUCUAGGUACUUCGAGAACCUCUUGAGUGACCGCUUCAGUGAAGGUCAGAAACUCGCCGCAGCUCUCAAAAACCUGAAGCUUGCGGGGCACGCGACCCUUGAAGACGCGCCCGCGGAGAGCCUUCCCCGUAUAAGGAUCAUACAUGCUGGUCGAAUAACCAUUUCUAAGGCGUCUUCGAUACGAAACCUCGUUGCGGACUUCCUUCGUGCCAUUCAUGGCCUCGAUCUCGCAGUGUCAAACCCUCCCGUAGCAAACAUUGCCAACUUGGCUGUUGUUGCCGACCGUUUCGAUGCGGUGGAAUGCGUGGCAAGAUAUGUGCACAGAAAGAAGUUCUUGCAGUUGACCGAGGCCAAGUCAAGAGGACGAGCAAGUCCUGCUUUGACAGAAGAGAGAGUGCGCCAGAAGUUGUUGAUCGGCCUACUCCUCGACCACCCACCGUGGGUGAUACGCUACUCGAAACACCUGAUCAUGCGCGACUCGGUACAAUGGCGUCCCGACAUCGAGGAGGACUACACAAAGGCUCUGUGGUGGGACAUACCGAAUGGUGUCGAAGACGAGAUGAUACAGCGGAGGGAAUACGUUCUGGAAACCAUCAACUCUCUGCAGGCGUAUUUCCUUCGACUCUAUACGUCAGGAGACCGACAGUGCAAGCUGGGCUAUGACACGUCGUUACAAUGUGAUUCGUUCCAGCUUGGCGAGAUGAUUCGCUUCUUCACCAAGAUCGAUACGUUGCGGAUGCAGGGCAAGAUCUACGAUUUGGACGGUGACCAAAGGUGA